AUGGCGUUCGUUUCUAUAGCGACUCUGUCCCUGGGUCUACUGGCACUCUAUGUUGUGAAAAGAGCGUUCCUAGAUAGAAGACUGCCCGGUUCUCUUCCACCGGGCCCCCCGCGGAAACCAAUCCUGGGCAAUAUUACGGACUUGCCCCCGAAAGGUGAACGGGAGUGGAUGCAUUGGAUGAAGCACAAAGAGCUCUAUGGCCCGAUCAGUUCUCUUGAAGUUUUGGGUCAAACAAUCGUUAUUGCCAAUGAUCUAGAACCAGCCACGGAUCUACUGAACAAACGAUCUAUAAUUCACUCGUCAAGACCAAGAAUGGUCUUUGCGUCAGAACUGGUGGGGUGGGAGGACGGCAUAAUCUUUCAAGGUUAUACAGAAAGAUUUCGUGCCUAUCGCAAAGCAUUACAUCCAUCGAUCGGGUCUGAGUCUGCUGUCACGCAGUUCAACACCAUUCAAGAGAAAGAAGUGCACCGCUUCUUGCUGCGAUUACUUCGGGAGCCGAAUGAUUUCCUUCAGCACAUAAAAACAAAAGCCGGGGCAAUCAUUUUGAACGUCGCUUAUGGCUACAACAUUGAGCCCUUUCGUGGUGACCAUCUAGUGGAUAUUACUAAUGAGGCGCUCGAUAAUUUCGUCAAAGCUGCGGCCCCUGGUGCUUGGAUGGUAGACAUCAUCCCCGCUUUGAAACAUAUCCCGGCAUGGCUCCCGGGGGCAAGCUUCAAGCGCAAAGCCCAAGCAUGGAGGGAACAAAGGACAGGUAUAGCAGAUAGGCCCUAUGCAUUUGUUAAGGCACGGAUGGCUAGUGGUAAGUAUAAGCCAUCAUAUUUGUCUAAUCAUCUCGAAAGACAUGGACUUCCUGAGCCUGGGUCGGAAAAAGAGCUCGUCGCAAAAUGGACUGCUGCAUCACUCUAUACCGGAGGGGCCGAUACAACUGUCUCAUCUGUUGCAUGUUUCUUUCUUGCCAUGGCCUUAAAUCCAGAAGUCCAACGCAAAGCACAAGAUGAAAUUGAACGUGUUUUAGGACCUGGGCGGUUACCGAAAAUGGCAGACCGCUCUCGCCUUCCUUAUAUCAAUGCUGUAGUCAAAGAGGUCUUGCGCUGGCACCCUGUCGGACCCAUGGGUGUUCCUCAUAUGUCAACUGAAGAUGAUACUUGGGGAGGUUACUUCAUUCCCAAGGGCUCUAUCAUUAUGCCUAACAUUUGGGCUAUGAUGCACGACCCGAAAUUAUUCUCUGACCCAGGAACUUUUAAACCUGAGAGGUUCCUUGAAAUAGAGGGGCAUGCUCCGGAGCUGGACCCGCACUCUAUCGUUUUUGGAUUCGGACGUCGCAUAUGUCCCGGUCGUUUCUUAGCGGACAGCACAGUCUAUCUGAGCGUAGCGCAGACUCUUGCGGUUUUCAAUAUUAGCAACGCUACACAAGAUGGUGCUAUCACAAGAAACCCGAAAUUUGAGCCGGGUCUUAUUAGUCAUCCGGCUCCAUUCCAAUGUUCAAUCACAGUUCGUGGCCCCUCUCAGGAGGCAGUUAUCUUGUCUGUUGAGCAAGAGCACCCAUGGGAACCGAGUGAUGAAACCGAACUCAAGAACGUUGGGUAA